UUCUUCCGGCCGAACAGGGCGCCUGCUCCUGCUGACGUGUUCUUCCGGUGGCGGAGCAGCGGCUUUCCUUUUGCGAGUCGAAAUGGAGCUCGAGGCCAUGAACAGGUACACCAGCCCAGUGAACCCGGCUGUCUUCCCCCAUCUGACGGUGGUGCUGUUGGCCAUUGGCAUGUUCUUCACCGCCUGGUUCUUUGUGUAUGAGGUAACCUCCACCAAGUACACACGGGAUAUCUACAAAGAGCUCCUCAUCUCCUUGGUGGCCUCGCUCUUCAUGGGCUUCGGCGUCCUCUUCCUGCUGCUCUGGGUCGGCAUCUACGUAUGAGCUCCCCAGGGUGCCAACCAGGCAGCUUCGCUGACUCCCUGCUUUUGUAAAUUAACUUUUUUACUGUUGUUGGAGGUGUCCCACCUGCUGCUCCCAAUAAAGGCCAGUGUGUGGCAGA